AUGCGGCGACAGUGGAGUGAAUUUCUGCUUCUGCUUAGCCUUUGUUUGCUGCUCUGCCAAUUGGCUCCGUUGCAGGCCAGUAUACUCAAUACUCUGCUCGGCGUUCCCGCUGAGUGUGUGCAUCAGAGCGGCGUUUGGCCCUGUAAGCUGAGCUUCUCCUGCUGGCUGCAGGGUGGCAAGCAUGCCAAGGGCUGCGGCAGCAAUAAGUGGCUAUUUAGUUGCUGCGUUGCCGAACCGCAUUUGCAGCAUCAGCAUCCGCAUCAAUCGCCCCUGGAGAAUCUAGUGGACUAUGGCAAACUCAGGCUGGGCCUGAACAAUUUGCCCAAACGCAUUAUGUUGCGGCGACGCGAUGAUAACGAACUACUCAAUCUCAAGCCGGAAUGUGGCGUGCCGCGCACCUCACAGAAUACGCUACAGAAGCGCAUCAUUGGCGGGAGGCCGGCACAGUUUGCCGAGUACCCGUGGCUGGCACAUAUACGCAUUGCAGAGUAUCAGUGUGGCGGUGUGCUGAUCUCGGCGAAUAUGGUAGCGACAGCAGCGCAUUGCAUACAGCAGGCGCAGCUGCCUGACAUAACUGUGUUUCUGGGCGAGCUGGACACACAGAAUCUGGGGCACAUACACGAGCCGCUGCCCGUGGAGAAGCACAGUGUGCUGCAAAAGAUAAUACAUCCGAGGUUCAACUUUCGCAUCACACAGCCGGACCGCUACGAUCUGGCACUGCUCAAGCUCGCCCGACCGACGGCUUUCAGCGAGCACAUCUUGCCCAUUUGCCUGCCACACUAUCCCAUACGGCUGGUGGGGCGCAAGGGACUUAUCGCCGGCUGGGGCAAGACCGAGGCACAUAUGGGUCAUGCGGGCACCAACAUGCUGCAGGUGGCUAGUGUGCCAAUCAUCUCCACCUUGGAUUGCAUUCGCUGGCACGAGAGCAAACAGAUCAAUGUGGAAAUCAAAUCGGAAAUGUUUUGUGCCGGCCAUUCAGAUGGGCAUAUGGAUGCGUGCUUAGGUGACUCUGGCGGUCCGUUGGUCAUCAAGGAACGAGGUCGAUUUGUGCUCGUGGGCAUAACAAGUGCUGGCUUUGGCUGCGGAGUGGAUCAUCAGCCGGGCAUCUAUCACAAUCUGCAGAAGAGUCUGCGCUGGGUGGAAGAUGUGGUGGCGCAUAACGAGCUCAGCAGCAGCAGCAGCAGCUACAACUCCGUUUACAAAGCGGCGAUUACUCCGGAGCUAAAGCAGGCCAUUGACAAGGAUUUGCCCAAGCAGGCCAAAUUCUUCGAUGAACUCGAUUUGCGUUUUAGCCUGCUCCUCAUCUGUUCGCUGACCCCGAGCCUGAGCUUGGCCGCUGUCAGCUAUCCCAGUGCACAGCAGGAGCAUGAUAUGCUCAUAUUGGAUGCAUUGUCGCGACGCAGCGGCAACGGCUAUUAUGGCGAGAACAGCGUCAUGGAGAUGCUAUCGAGAAUGAUACCGCAGUCGUGCCGCUUCCGUGGACACAAAUUCGAGUGCGGCCUGUCCAUCUCGUGCGUCUUGGGCGGCGGCAAGCCGCUCGAUCUAUGCUCCGGCGGCAUGAUCUGGUCAUGCUGUGUGGACAAAGAUCUCGAUGCCGAGGAGAGUCCGCAUGCGGCACCGAUUAACAACACAAGCUGCGGCGAGGUUUAUUCCCGCUCCAAUCGAAUUGUGGGUGGGCAUUCCACGGGCUUUGGUUCGCAUCCCUGGCAAGUGGCGCUCAUCAAAAGUGGCUUUCUUACGCGUAAGCUGAGCUGCGGCGGUGCGUUGAUAUCCAACCGCUGGGUGGUCACCGCCGCCCACUGUGUGGCCACCACCACCAACUCCAAUAUGAAGAUACGUCUGGGCGAGUGGGAUGUGCGUGCGCAGGAGGAGCGCCUCAAUCAUGAGGAAUACGGCAUAGAGCGCAAGGAGGUGCAUCCACACUAUAAUCCCGCCGACUUCAAGAACGAUGUGGCACUGAUACGCCUCGAUCGCAAUGUGGUCUACAAACAGCACAUCAUUCCCGUCUGCCUGCCGCCGCCAGCUACCAAAUUGACGGGCAAAAUGGCCACAGUGGCUGGUUGGGGACGCACGCGGCAUGGCCAGAGCACGGUGCCUUCUGUUCUGCAGGAGGUGGAUGUGGAAGUCAUCUCGAAUGAUCGCUGCCAGCGCUGGUUCCGCGCAGCCGGACGACGUGAGGCCAUACACGAUGUCUUUCUCUGUGCUGGCUAUAAGGAAGGAGGUCGGGAUUCGUGUCAGGGCGACAGCGGCGGGCCGCUCACUCUAACAAUGGAUGGCCGGAAGACGCUGAUCGGACUGGUGUCCUGGGGCAUUGGCUGUGGCAGGGAGCAUCUGCCUGGCGUUUAUACAAAUAUACAGCACUUUGUGCCGUGGAUCACCAAGGUUAUGGCCAAUGACAAAAAUGCGUGAAUAUCGCUCUUUUUGAAGC